AUGAGUGCAGCUGCUGUCGAUUCUUCCACUCCAACCGUCCAACACGAUUUGAUCAAUGAAACUCUUCCUGAUGUGUCUUCGAUCUUGGUGACAAGAUUAGACCAUUGGAUCCACGCUAUCGAAUUGUUGGUCAAUUACUCUGAGGGCUACAUUUACUUAGCUGAAAAAAUCUCUGAGGGCUUUGAGAAGAUCAAGAAGAACCUAACUCAACAACCCCAAUUCCCUGUCCAUACUGUCGAAGGAUCAAAUAAUAGCAGCGAUACCGAUGUCUAUAAUUCGUCUGGUAUUAAUGCUAAUCGCAAUGCUAAUGGCAAUGGCGAGCUAGACAACAUUUCUUCCACAGGCGAUCAUUUGAAAGGUAUUUAUGGGCUAUUUGAAUUAUUAAAGCUCAAAAACAACGAUAACAUCAUUCAAACUCACGGAUUAGAACAAUUGCUUCGAUCAAUAGUACCCGAAUUGAAGAAAACAAUUAAUGACAUUCAAAUUGAAAAGAAAAAAAUCAUUCAUGAUAACCUCACCUAUUUAAAGGAUUACGACAAAUACAAGAAAAAAUCAACUCAUGAGUCAAAUAAAUUAAAUGAAAUAAUCUUGCAAUUAAAGGAUUCAAACCGAUCAUUAAACGAUUUUGAAAAUGACCCCUAUUUAUUGAAAAAACAUUUAUUAAAGACCUCCUCAAGCUUUAUCUCAAUUGAAAAUUCUUUAAUUGAUUCAUUCAUCAAAACUAUUCGUAAUUUCAAAAAUUUUGAAUCAAAUUUUAUUGUCAACAAUAUCAAAACUAACUUGAUCUCUUUAACUCAAUACAUUUUGAAGUUCUCUUCUUUAUUCGAUGCAAAUUUGAAAAAUAUUAUAAACGAAUUUUCACUUUUAGACAAUCAAUUUGAAUGGGAUUAUUUUAUUUCUCCAAACAAUGUCAAUAAUUUAAGUUUGAUAACCAGUGGGAGUUUAGAUUUGGAUUCAAAUAGCACUCCAAAUACAAAUACAAAUACAAAUACAAAUUCAAAUUCAAAUGACGAAUUGGCUAAUAGCCGUUUAAUUUCAAACAAUUCAGAGGCUUUAAAUUUGUUACUAAACGUCGAUGCAUUAGCUGAAAGCGAAGUAAUAAUCGAUAGAAAUAUUAGAAAAACCAUUGAUAAUACGGUUUUCCCCAAUAAAGAUAACCCGCUAACUAUUCCAAUAAUUGAAAAUGAACUAAAUUAUAAAAGAGUUUCAAAUUUAAAAUCAGAUCACCUCAAAUCAAGUUAUUUUGUUGUCACUAGAUCAAAAUAUUUAAUUAAUUUCAAGGACAAAUAUCAUUUUGGAGACCCAGAAUUCGUAUUCUAUUUACCAGAUUGCACAUUGAAUGCAUCUAUUCAAGAUUACAAACACCAAACAACCACAAUCAGAGUUCCAAGUCAAGGAUCAUAUAGCAGUGAAAACGAUGGUUCACCAACCUAUCUUGGAGAUGAAAGUGCACCCGCUGAGAUUACCAGAUCUAAAUCUAAAUCAAUAAAAAAUACUUUUUCAAGAAAAUUUUCUAAAAAGAAGAAGUACAUUAAAGAAGUUGAAUACAAAUUUCAAAUUAAAGGCGCAGACUGUAAUAAAAGUUUUCUUACAAAAUUCUCUAGUCAUAAAAAAUUGAUUGAAUUGAAAUUUGCUUCAAAGGAAGACAUGUUAAUUUGGUAUAAUGUAUUAAAAGAAGCCACUGGAUUACUCCAAACAGAGGCCGAAAGAGAAGAUGAGGAAGAAAUAGAAGAUACUCUUCAAAUAAACCCUAUUGUUGUUAAUGAUCCAAAUGCACCACUUGAAAGAGUUGAAGAAAACCAACAGAAAGGUGCAAUUUUAGAAACUGAUGAAAGAGCAGAACCAGUACAAAACACUACACCACCACCAGUUCCAGAAAGAGUUUCAGAAACAGCUCCUGAACCAACUCCUGAACCAGUCACAAAACCAACUCCUCAGCCAGUUGUCCAGUCUACUAAACCCGCUUUUAACCCGGCACCUGAGCCAGUUACACAACCAAUUCGUGAGCCAACUCUUGAACCAAAAGUUCAAGAAUCUCCAAUUCAGCCAGCUAAUCAAAUAGAAAGACCCCCUGGUCCUCCUCCAAACAAAUCAGCCCAGUCAGUGAAAGCUUCAGCUCCAGGUGCAUGGGUUCCUCCAGCUACCAUAACUUCCUAG